UUUUCAUGUUACCACAGUAUGUUUUCCACAUUUACAGCACUGCAUAGUGGGCUACAAUGAAGGUGGUCCAACUAUUUACACAAAGGGGGGAAAGGUGUCACACGCGCCUUGCGCACCACACGCGCACAGCACAGGUAUUUUGCCGGAGGUCCCUGCUCGAGCCUGCUGCUGCUGCGGACUUUUUAAUAUGUUCAUCAGAACUGUAACUCGCCUGGGAUUUGCUGUCGGGGUAGACUAGCCACUGUAAUUCAUGUAGUUAGAUCUUAAGUAAUAGGGUUCAAAUACCACCUAAUCUCUCCAGACUAUUAAACGUUGACCAGCGGACUGACGUAGUUCUUCACUGCAGCAACACUCCGCACUGAACACACGUCCUCCUGACCGUUUUAUCACAUUUUACUUUACAUUACAACUUAAUUUCUCCCUUUGGCUUUGUCAUUUAUGACCAUUUAAUAUUGUUGCACUCAUCGGGAAAAUUUAGCUAACUUCGACGCUCCUCGGAUCUUGUUUUAUUUCUUCGGGAUCCUUGUGAAAGUCCCGUUACGCGCUGGAUAUGUGGUGGAUGUUGUUUCCUCGAUGGAUCUGGUUUCUCUUUGGACAGUGCUACGUCUUGCUCCUGAUCAUAGACAGCUGUGUGAGGGUGAAAGCGAUGCCAAUGUCCAUGCCCAACAAAGUGGUGUACUCUCACGCGGGCAUGUGCCCCAACGAGAUGAACCCCAACCUGUGGGUGGACGCCAUGAGCACCUGUAUGCGCGAGUGCGAGUUGGACCGGGACUGUGAAAACUUUGAGAAAUGCUGCAACAACGUGUGUGGGAACAAGAGCUGUGUGGCGGCGCGCUACAUGGACAUUAAGGGCAAGAAGGGGCCGGUUGGCAUGCCAAAAGGGGUCAAGUGUGACAAGUUCAUGUGUACGCAGCAGGGCUCCGAGUGCGACAUCUGGGAGGGCCAGCCCGUGUGUAAGUGCCGGGACCGCUGUGAGAGAGAGCCCCACUUCACAUGCGCCUCAGACGGUAUGACCUACUACAACAAGUGUUACAUGGACGCAGAGGCCUGCUCCAAGGGCAUCUCUAUCUCUGUGGUCACCUGCAGGUACCACCUCACCUGGCCAAACACCAGCCCGUUGCCCAUGGAAACCACCCUGCGGCCAACCACUGCCCUCCUGGAGACCACCCCCCCGGCCGACAUCCAUCCUCCAAUGAUGCUCAGCAGCCCCACUCAGCAGGCUGUGUUCGUGGGCGAGACAGCCAGCUUCCUGUGCGAAGUGUCAGGUAAGCCCAGUCCGGAGGUGACCUGGGAGAAGCAGCUGGAGGGCAAGGAGAACACAGUGAUGAGGCCCAAUCACGUGCAGGGGAACGUAGUGGUCACCAACAUCGGCCAGCUGGUCAUCUACAAUGCCCAGCAACAGGACGCCGGCAUCUACACCUGCACGGCCAAGAACCUGGGGGGGGCUGUGACCUCCCACAACCCCCUGUCGGUGAUCCAGAGAGACACGGGCCGGAAGGAGGGUGAGGUAGGGAAUGCCACCAACCCGUUCCCCUUCCCCGCCGAAGAGUGCCUGAAGGGGCCGGACAGUGACGACUGUGGGGAGGAGAGCAUAAGCUGGUACUACGAAGCCAAGAGGAACAAUUGCUUCACCUUCACCUACAGCCAGUGCAACAAGAACCGCAACCACUUUGAUAGCUACGAGACAUGCAUGUUGUCGUGCGGGGCAGAGCUGUCGGCUCCCUGCUCCCUCCCCAGCCUGCAGGGACCCUGUAAGGCCUACGAGCCGCGCUGGGCCUACAGCAGCACCCUCAAACAGUGCCAGUCCUUCAUCUGGGGCGGCUGUGGAGGCAAUGAAAACAACUUUGAAUCCAAAGAGGCCUGCGAGGAGAUGUGUCCUUAUCCGAAGAACCAUAACUGUAAGAUGUGUAAACCGCGGGGCAAGAUGGUGACCAGCUUCUGCAAAAGCGACUUCAUCAUCCUGGGGCGCGUGACAGAGUUGCCUGAAGAACAGGACUCGGGCCACGCCCUGAUCACCGUGGAGGAGAUCCUAAAGGACGAGAAAAUGGGCCUCAAGUUCUUCGGCCAGGAACCCUUGGAGGUGACCUUGAUGAACAUGGACUGGAACUGCCCGUGCCCAAACAUCACCACGGCCAACGGGCAGCUCAUCAUCAUGGGAGACGUCCACAACGGCAUGGCCGUGCUGCAGCCCGACAGCUUCGUGGGGAGCUCCACCGCACGCAGGGUCAGGAAGCUCCGAGAGGUCAUUCACAAGAAGACCUGUGACUUUCUCAAAGAGUUCCCAACAAACCAGUAGUUACUCUCUGAGAGAUCCCCACUAUCCUGUACAAGAGCUGUUUAUGUCGGCCUCCCGGGUGGCGCAGUGGUCUAGGGCACUGCAUCGCAGUGCUAACUGCGCCACCAGAGUCUCUGGGUUCGCGCCCAGGCUCUGUCGCAGCCGGCCGCGACCGGGAGGUCCGUGGGGCGACGCACAAUUGGCAUAGCGUCGUCCGGGGUAGGGAGGGUUUGGCCGGUAGGGAUAUCCUUGUCUCAUCGCGCUCCAGCGACUCCUGUGGCGGGCCGGGCGCAGUGCGCGCCAACCAAGGGGGCCAGGUACACGGUGUUUUCUCCGACACAUUGUGCUUCGGAGGACGCAUGGCUUUCGACCUUCGUCUCUCCCGAGCCCGUACGGGAGUUGUAGCGAUGAGACAAGGUAGUAAUUACUAGCGAUUGGAUACCACGAAAAUUGGGGAGAAAAUGGGAUAAAAAUUACAACCAAAAAAAAUAAAAAAAAAAAAAUAAAAGAGCUGUCUAUGUCAAGAAGAGCAAACUGGUUAUAGUAUCCAGUAGUAGCUAUUGUCUGACAUUUCCCCACUAUCCAGUAGGGAAGAUAUCUAGAAGAGUAGACUGGGACUUUUUCAAAGUUUCUUACCAUUCAGUAGCCGGAUGAUGGCAUUUGUUGAUUAUUGCUUUCUCCUUCUCCUAAAGGUGGGGACUGAGCAAAUACCUUAACAUUGAUCCAACAAGCUGUUUCCCUACCCAUGACUUUCUCAUUAGUUUCCAUAGAAGUCACAUUUUGUAUGCAUUUUGUCAUAUUUUCCACUGGCUAUCUCCUUCACUCUGAUGUUCCCCAUAUACAGUGGAUAUCUAGAAGAUCCAUGGCUUUCUUAGAUGACGGCUGCUGUUAGCUGAUUCCAGAUUCUCUCUCUCUUUUACUCUGAAGUUUAGACAUUAAGUGUUGGGGCUCCUCUGUACUAUGGAAAUGGCUGGAGGUAUAUUUAAAACAACAACAUAUUUAUACUUUGUGUGGAUUCACUUUCUGAAAGGAGAGCUAAAUGUCCAUAUAUAGUACUGUAGUGAUGACAUAUCAAGCGCUUACCUUGGAAAUAUUUUAGUUAAACUAAAAUGUCUCUUUGAAUAAUAUUUUUAAUUCAAAUAUAUUAUCUUGGUAUGAAUAUACUAAUGCCUGUCAGAUAGCUAAACUCUGUGCCUUGGUUAAUAUGAAUGUUAUAUUAUGUUGACUUAAAGUAUCUAUGUUAUCCUGAAAGAGACGUUUGUAAUAUAUAUUCUGAGUGCUUGAGCUCACGAUAAUGUAAUGUAAAGCUUGUGGAAUCAAACAACUCCUUUGAUUCCACUAGAAACCACUUUGUAGUUCAUGAUUGCUUAUCCAGUACAUGAACUGUUCUUAACAUCAUAUUUAUUUUUUAUCCUCUCCUUUUAGAGAUACAUCCAAUUCAAUAAUGGACAGACUUGUUUUGUGUUAUUUUGUAAAUCCAAAUGAUAAAGAUGUUCAUAACACAAUUGUAAAGAAAUAAAAAUGACACUUUGAAAGAA